AUGUAUGAUGAGAAUAUGAGACGAUUUGAGCAUUUGAAUUACAGCAUGACACACUUGGGCGCAUCGGGACUUCAUACCACUCAAUAUAUCAUUAUCGGCGGCGGAACACUGGAUUUACGCUGGACUUUGGAUCCAUCACACGGCGUUUUAUCGGGGAUUUCGCAAACAUCAUUGAUAGCACUUUAUUCGGAUCACGAUACUGGCCUGCAUACGAGGACAUUGGCGCGCAUUAGCAAAGGCGCGCUUGGGAUACACUUUAUUCGCGGACGACUUCUCUCCGCAAUGCUACAUACAAAGGAUCGCUACGCAGCAGGUAUACCUGGCGGUGGAAAACUUAAAAGACCGCUCACUUCACAACGUAUGCUUCUGACACUGGGUUGGAUUCAUCGUGUUUUCGUUUGUCUCGCAGCAACAUCACUUCUCGAUGUAUUGGGUAUACAGCAUGGAUGGAGGGUUAGGCAUGCACGGCUUUUGCUGGACAUGAAGUCUGCAGGCAUGCAACUUCCAACGAUUAUGGCAUAUUCGCAGAAGGAGCGGAGCGAGUAG